UGUUUUAGGUGUUACCGUGGCUAGAUUCAGGUUCAUGACAACACAGACACACCAAGGUCAUAACUUCCAGGCAUUCAAGCCUAUCAGAUCCUUCAUUAGUUCAACUUAACCAAUGUUUGGAAUUCAAUAAAGUGAGGAAACGUUUUGCUGUGAUCUUCUAUCAGGAACGUUCCAGGUGGAUCUGGUGUCAGAUGUCAGGUUAAACCUAGAAAUACAUUUCUUUCAUGAACCUCCAUGUUUCUCUGUGUUUUUAUUCCAGUUGUCAGGAAUGGUCACAUCUCGGAGGACACGGAGACCAUCGCUGACCAGAUGCAACUUCCUGUCCAGAGUGCCCUGACUGAUGACUCUGAGGAACCCGUCAUCAUGGCCUCAGAGGCCCUGGAGACCAUGGGGUCUGGAUGGGAGGAGGACCAGGUCCUGGAGAUGCUGGCUGCAGCCGAGCCAGAGGUUCCCCCUGAAGCCCCUGCUGAGGCUGCAGCUGUAGAAGCAGAGGUCCCUUCAGAGGCUGUGGUCUUAGUGGAGGUGGCGGCCCCUGUUGAGGCUGUCGUGGUUGAGGCCGCUCCUGUGGCAGAGGCUCCUGCUGAGACAGUGGUGUCUGAGGAGGCCCCUGUUGUUGAAACUGGAGCUGCAGUGGAGGUGGCUACCCUGGUCGAGGCAGCUGCACCUGUGGAAGCUGCUGCCCCAGUCGAGGUGGCUGAAACUGUCCCAGAGGCAGCUCCAGCCCCGACAGAGGAGACCCCUGCUCCAGCCCCGACAGAGGAGACCCCAGCUCCAGCCCCGACAGAGGAGACCCCAGCUCCACCCCCGACAGAGGAGACCCCAGCCCCGACAGCGGAGACCCCAGCUCCAGCCCCAAAAGAGGAGACCAAAGAUUCCCCAGCCCCUGUGGCCGCUGUCCCUGAGCCAGUAACCCCUGCUGCUGAGCCUGUGGCCGCUGUCCCAGAGGGGGCCCCCGCUGUGGAGGCCCCUGCACCCAGUGGCCCCAUAACUGACCUUGUUGUUGCUGCUGAGCCUGCAGCAGAGCCAAUAACCACCCCUGUGGCUGUGGAGGCCCCUGUAGCAGCCGUUGCCAAUGAGCCUGUGGAGGCCCCUGUAGCAGCCGUUGCCAAUGAGCCUGUGGAGGCCCCAGGUGUUCCGGUGGUUGUGUCGGCGGUGGCACAGGAAGCAGCAGCCUUGGUGUUGGCUGGACUGGCUGGGAAGCAGAAAGACAGAAACAGAACUAAGAGAAUCAAACUGAGAGGUCGCUG